GUUUGGUUGUAGUGUGUGUGUGUGUGUGUGUGUGUGUGUGUGUGUGUGAGUUAGAGCGUAGAAGCCCGUUGUGUGAGUGUGUGUGUGUGUGUGGGUGUGUGUGUUGUUGCACUGCCCAGGGGUGUGAGUGAGAGUGUGUGUGUGUGUGUGGGUGUGUGUGUUGUUGCACUGCCCAGGACAGUAAGAUGGACUACAAGAGGAGGUUCCUUCUGGGCUCCAAACACAAAGUCACACAGAACCAGCAGAACCAAAGCCAGCCGCAGUACCAGACUCAGCUGCCAGACCUGGGCCGCACGCUAGCCGGAUCCGGCACCGGCACCGGCCCGUUAUCCUCCUCCUGCGUCUCCUCCUCCUCCUCCACCACCAACCCUUCCUCCUCCUCCUCCUCUUCCUCCUCCUCAUCCGCACAGCAGAUGCCCAGCGCCUCGUCUCCAUGCCAACCGGGGGGCGGGGGCGGGGCUGGCGGCCCGGGGGGCGGGGGCUCUGGAGGUUCCGGUUCCGGUUCGGGUGGCGCGGGUGCGAGUGCAGCGGUGGCGGAUAUCCAGCAGGGCAUCUCCAAAUACCUGGACGCACUCAACGUCUUCUGCAGAGCCAGCGCCAUGCUCACAGAACUCUUCAGCGGUGUGUUCCGGAACUCCCCGUACGGCAAGGCCGCGUGUCAGCUGCGCGAGGUUCAGGAGGGCGUCAUGGACGCGGCCGCUCGACUCACCGCCGCCAUCAAGCCCGAGAUCGCCAAGAUGCUCAUGGAGCUCAACGCCGGCGCCGCCCACCUCAAACACCAGCAGGACUUUAGCCUGCAGGAUGUAGAGGUGCUGGGCCGGUGUUUCCUGACGGUGAUGCAGGUCCAUUUCCAGUUCCUGUCGCAGGCGCUACAGAAGGUCCAGCCGGCCGCCCAGUCCUGCCUCCAGGAGGUGCUCUCACAGGCACAGGAGAGACACACACACUCACACACACACACACACUCACACACACGCGCUCAGGCCAGCGCUCACACACACACACACGCCCAGAGCAGCGCCUCCCCCGCGGCCGGCCCCGCACACACACACGGACACACACACACACCGCUCAGCGAGAUCGACGACGCCGCACGCUCGUGGAAAGCAGCCUCCGAGGCCACGUGUCGUCUGCGUGAGCGCGGUCGUGACGGCUGCCUGUCGGGCCUUCAGGUGCAGCAGCUCUUCUGCUCACACUCAUCAAGUCUCCCAGAACACACUCUCACCGACCUGGACGCCAAGAUAGACCACGCUCUACAGGCCUACAAGGUUGCGCUGGAGAGUCUUGGCCACAGUGAGUACGCCCUGAGAGGAGGAUUCCACCUUAACCCCAAAGCAGCAGAGGCCGCACUACAGGGUUGCUGCAGUGAUGCAGAGGCUCAGCAGGCGGGUCGCAUGCAGACGACCUCUCAGCCAAUCACGUGCGAGCUGCCGGCCAUCCCCGUUCUGAUUGGCUCACACUUCCUGAAGGGCGUGUCCUUCAACGAAUCAGCCGCCGAGAACCUCAAACUCAAGAUGCAUACGGUGCUGCAGCUGAUCAAGGAGGCGGUGGGCGUGAACGGCGUGAGUGUGUGUGAAGAGUCUCCAGUGACCGACAUACUCAACCAGGUGUGUCCCUCUAGCUGGAGAGCCUCCUGUAAGACUGCAGUACAGCUGCUGUUUGGACAAGCAGGCCUGGUGGUAGUGGAUACUGCGCAGGUUGAGAGUCGUGAGGCGUACGCUCCCCAGAUCACGCUGGAGGGACAGAAAGUGGUGGUGCAGGUGCCCUCUACCUGGUGUCUGAAGGAGGACCCGGCCACCAUGUCUCUGCUGCAGCGGAGCUUGGACCCCGAGAAGACACUCGGCCUCGUGGACGUCCUCUACACACACAUCUACGACCUGAAGGAACGCAAGGAGCAGGCUCUGCCCAUCAUCCAGAUCCAGCUGCAGCGUGAGGCGGUCGCCCCUGACUACGGCUCCCAUGGCGACCACCACCCCAGCAUCAGCACCAGUGGGGCAGGGGGGGGCCCCAAAUCCUCCAGCGGGGGGGGCCUCCCUAAGACCAUCUCCAAACUCACCUCCAAGUUCACACGGAAAGCCUCCUCAAUACCAAACACGCCCUCGCGCAGUAACCAUGACGAUAACAAGCCUCCAAAGGGCCCCCUCCCCCUCCCCCUGCCAGACUCGCGCCUCAUUGGUCUGCUGCAGCUGGGGGGAGUGGUCUCGUGUGCUCCUGACUCCUCCCCCGGGGCUCUGCUGGCCAAUGGAGUGAUGCCUGACGAGCAGAGUAUGAACCUGCCCACCGACCAGGAAAUGCAGGACGUGAUUGACUUCCUGUCUGGGUUCAACAUGGCUAAGAGCCAGACGGCGUCUCCUCUCCUCAAGAGGCGCAACUCUGUCCCCUCCUCCUCCUCCUCCUCCUCUGUUGCCACGACUACGGCCGCCAGCCCGCCCGACAUCAAGACCCCCCCACAGGCCGCCGCCACUACCCAGCAUGCACUGCAGCAGCAGCAGCCCCAUCAGCAGCAGCCGUCUGCUCCUCAACACCAGCUCUCGGUCCCCAAGACCACGCCCCCCGCCCCGCCCCACUCUCCCCAGACACACCCCCCUCAGCUCCAGCCUUCCCAGCAGGCACUGCAGUACUACCAGCACCUCCUCCAGCCAAUCACCAGCCAGCAGCAGCAGCAGCAAGCCAAUCAGCAGCAAGCUAAUCAACAGGCAGCCAAUCAGCAGCAGUCCCAACAGCCCUCCCCCCAGCCCCCCAGCCAAUCAUCGCAGCGCGUGUCUGGGAAGUGGCCAAUGGGUGCCUCCUCCAGUCCGCAGCCACACCCCCACGCCCCCCAGUCCCAGGGCCCGCCCCCGGGUGCGGCUCAGGGCCCCCCGGGGGGCCUCUCGUCUCCGCUGGGGCCCCUGGGUCAGUGGGGGGCCCCGGGCUCUGGGGGGCUAGGGUGCGGGGAGCUCAGCCUCAGCUCAGACCUCUACAGCCUGGGACUCGUCAGCAGUUACAUGGACUCCAUGAUGGCAGACAUGUUGGGGAACAAGGCUGCUGGGGGUCCUCAAGGGGGUCCUCAGGGUCCUCGUAACAACACGUGGCCCAACAGGGAUCAGAGCGACUCCACUGGAGCCUACGGAGUACUGGGGGACACACUGCCCUUCGACCCCGCAGUGGGUUCUGAUCCGGAGUUCGCUCGUUACGUUGCCGGGGUCAACCAGGCCAUGCAGGCCAAGCGCCAGGCAACGCACAUCCGUCGCCCCGGCAACACCCGCGGCAACUGGCCCCUCCCCGACGACUCGCACACACACCGCACCUGGCCACACCCAGAGUACUACAGCGAGGGGGAGGCGGUGACCAGCAGCUGGUCCACCAAUCAGGGCGACUCGGCCAGCUCCAGUGACGAGGCCUCCUCAGCCAAUGGGGACAGCCUGUUCUCCAGCUCAGCCAAUGGGGACAGCUUAUUCUCCUCCUCAUCAGCCAAUGGCGACAGCCUAUUCUCCAUGUUCUCCGGACCCGACCUGGUGGCCGCCGUCAAACAGAGGAGGAAACACAGUUGUGGGGACCAGGAGGUGUGUACUCUUCCCUCUCCUCCUCUACACCACACCUCUGCUGACGACAGCUGCCAGGACAGUAAGAUUAAGACGUGGCCUCCUAAAGCUCCAUGGCAACACUCCUCUUCCUCCUCCUCUUCCUCUGGUCACCAUGGCAACACCAACACCAUGCCCAACCUGGGGGCCACGGCCCACCACCACCACCACCACCCUGGCGGGGGGCCCCACGGCACACACCACUCCCACGGGCCCCCACAUGGUCACGGUUCGGGGCCCCCUCCCCUCUCCUCUCUCUACCCCCUCAACCUCAACAUGGGCCUGCCGCCCCCCAGCCUCAGCAACCAAUGGAGCGACUCGCUGCAGCUGCUCCAAUCAGCCGUCUGGUCCUCCUCAGCCAAUGACUGCUCAGCGUCGGGGGGUGUGGGUUUGGCGCCCGGCUCCUUCCCCUUCCCCCCCCCUCAGCAGCCCGGGGGGUCCGGGAGUGGCCCCCCCAACCAGAGCUCCAACGCCCCCCCGGGGGCUCCACCCGGGACACAGCAGCCCCCGCAGGGCACCCCAAAGCAGCCCCCGCCCAUGGGGAACACCAAGGGCUUCAAGACCUUCCCACACACACACAAGCCUGACGCACACACACACCGACCCUCUUACUUACACCCCUACUGAGACACACGCACACACACCGACCCUCUUACCUACACCCCUACUGAGACACACACACACACAAGCCUGACGCACACACACGCACCGACCCUCUUACUUACACCCCUACUGAGACACACACACACACACACACACACACACACACCGACCCUCUUACUUACACCCCUACUGAGACACACACACACACACACACACACA